AUGCAGUCCCUGAAGUGUGUCGUUGUCGGUGAUGGUGCCGUCGGAAAGACAUGCCUGCUGAUUUCAUACACAACGAACAAGUUUCCUGCAGAUUAUGUUCCAACGGUCUUUGACAACUACGCUGUGACCGUGAUGAUUGGUGAUGAACCAUACACUCUUGGUCUCUUCGAUACUGCUGGUCAGGAAGAUUACGAUCGUUUGCGUCCUCUGAGUUACCCAUCUACCGAUGUGUUUUUGAUCUGUUUCUCAGUCAUCUCACCACCUUCUUUCGAGAACGUGAAGGAGAAGUGGUUCCCAGAGGUGAGCCAUCAUUCCCCACAGGUGCCUUGCUUAAUCGUCGGCACCCAAAUAGAUCUGAGAAACGAUUCUCUCAUCUUGGAAAAACUCGAAAGACAACAUGCCAGACCAAUUUCGCCAGACCAGGGUGAGAAGCUGGCCAAGGAACUCAAAGCCGUCAAAUACGUUGAAUGCUCAGCCUUGACGCAAAAAGGCUUGAAAAACGUCUUUGACGAAGCCAUCGUCGCCGCUCUAGAACCUCCAGUGAUCAAGAAAAAUAAGAAGUGCACUAUCCUAUAA